GAGAAUAUUUUUCCUUGGGGGACUCUUGAAGAAAUUCUGGUGAAAUCAUGGAUGCUGAUGAUGACUUGGAUCUGUUAGCCUCCCUCCUGGAAGAAAGUGAGGCAGCCGAGGAGGAGAAUUGUCCUGAGGAGGAAGACGCCCCAGAGGACGAGGGAGGAGAACCAGAUGAAUAUGACAAGCUCUUCGAUGCAGAGGAUGAUGCAUCCUACACUGAGGAAACUGAUGCUGAGGAUAGCGUGGUCGAUGAGCAGAAGGAGAAUUUGGCUGCGUUGUUUGGAGAUGUGGAUGACCUACUGGAAGAAGAGGAGGAGGAAGAAACUGUCCCCACUUCAGCUCCUAGUCAGGCGAAAGAGAAAACCAACCAAGAAUUGCAAGCUGAACUGAGAAAACUGCAAGAACAGAUGAAGACAUUACAGGAGCAGUUGCAAAAGACUGCUAUUGGGCAGCCAUCCAAUUCAGAGCUUGAGAAGAAAACCCCUGGUAAAUCGCUCUGUCAUCCCUUAAAGGAAAGGAAAGUUCAGAAGCUACAGGAGUCACCGUGUUUCUCUGCCCAGCUGGGCAGUCCUUUACCAGCAGCCAAGCGAAGAAUCCAGAAAUCAAAAACGUUCCCAGCAGAGACCAAGACUCCUCCUCCACAGCAAGUUCUCAGUUUGGCGUUCCAGCCUCUCAAGUCUGCCCCAGGGAACACACCCAGUAAAGUGACAAGAGAAAAGACUCCUCACGUGCCCGCUUGCUCCAACACAACAGCUCAGCCAGUGUCUGUGGAAACCUUUUCUGGACUGAGAUUAAGAAAACCCCGGGUUUCGUCAGCUGAAAUGGACAGGAAAAUGGCUAACCGGAAGCUAAUCAGACUGUCUCAAAUAAAGAGCAAACUUGCUUCAGAAAAUCUGGAGGAAACAGACUGGGUAACGUUUGGAGUCAUAGUAAAGAAGGUCACUCCUCAGAGCUCAAAUAAUGGCAGAACCUUCAGUAUUUGGCGGCUGAAUGACCUACGGGAUCUCAAUCAAUGUGUCUCACUGUUCUUGUUUGGUGAUGUCCACAAAGAGCACUGGAAGACCGAUCAAGGCACAGUCAUUGGGCUGCUCAAUGCUAAUCUUAUGAAACCUAAAGAGGGCUCAGAUGAGGUGUGUUUGUCUGUUGACCAUCCCCAGAAAAUCCUUCUCAUGGGUGAAGCCCUGGACAUGGGGACCUGCAAAGCCAGGAAGAAGAAUGGUGAUCCCUGUGCACAGAUUGUGAACUUGAAUGACUGUGAGUACUGUCAGUAUCAUGUACAAUCCCAGUACAAGAAGCUCAGCUCAAAGCGGGCGGAUUUGCAGUCCACCUUCUCUGGAGGCCGUGUACCCAAAAAAGUUGCUCGGAAAAAUCCUAGUUUGAAGGAGAGACUAUGUCAGGAUGGGUUUUACUACGGAGGCGUCUCUUCAGCAGCGUACGCAGCCUCAGUUGCAGCAGCUGCAGUGCCGAAAAGGAAAGUUCAAACCACUCUCUCCAAUCUGGUCGUGAGAGGAGUUGAUGCAAUUGUCCAGGAAACCAGGCAGAAAAUUGGUGUGGCAAAGAGACCCGCCCCAUGUUCUGAGGAGUUCAAAGAACUGCUGGCACAGCCAACCUUUGGAGCACGAAACCUCUGCAAACACUGGACCAAAGCAGAUGCUGAAAAGAAGCAAGGGGCCAAUUUCCAGUCUGUCUCUGCUUCAGCGCUGCUCAGGCAACAGAAACAGAAACUGUUGGAGGCCAGAAAAAAGCGAUCUGAAGAGAUUCAGAGGAGGUUUCUCCAAAACACAAGUACAGCCGGCAGCCCCGAUCUUCCAUCCUCCUCCAGGCAGUCCUCGCUCCAUUCCCCAACUCCUGGAGCAGAGUUUCCCAAAGCUGCAAAAAUGUCAACUCCUCAAAGGCCCAGGCUUGGCACAGGCUUCUCAGAAGGAGAAGAUAUCCUCUUCUUUGAUGGGUCUCCACCUCCAGCACUAAAGCUAGACAGCUUAGCUGAAGCCAAAAAGCUGGCUGCAAUACACCGACUACGAGCAAAAGGACAGAUUCUUGCUAAAACUGACCCAAACAGUGUCAAGCGGAAAAGAUCUGAUCUUGGCGAUGUCCUAGAAAUUGCUGAAAGAGUUGAAAAAAACGUUGCUCAGCCACAGGAUAUGGAUGAACUGGAGCCUGCCCAGAAGAAACAACGAGAGCAGCUGGCCUAUCUGGAGUCAGAGGAGUUCCAGAAAAUCCUGAAUGCCAAGUCCAAGCACACAGGUGUCUUGAAAGAGGCCGAGGCUGAGCUGCAGGAGCAAUACUUCCAGCCACUUGUGAAAAAGGAAGAAAUGGAAGAGAAGAUGAGGAACAUUAAAGAAGUGAAAUGUCGAGUCGUAACAUGUAAAACGUGUAAUUACACCUAUUUCAAGCCUCUGGAGACGUGUGUGCAGGAUAACCAUGACUACCACUGGCAUGAUGGCCUCAAGCGAUUUUUCAAAUGUCCUUGUGGCAACCGAGCUAUUUCCCUUGACAGGCUCCCAAAAAAGUCCUGCAGUACCUGUGGCCUCUUCAAAUGGGAGCGAGAUGGGAUGCUGAAGGAGAAGAAAGGUCCGAAGAUUGGUGGAGAAACGCUUUUACCAAGAGGGGAAGAACAGCCAAAAUUCCUCAACAGCCUUAAGUGACCUGCGGUUGAAUUUUUCACAACACAGGGAAGCAUUUUUGUGUCUAAACCGCACAUUUGUUUACUGCAAAGCCAAGAGGAUUCUGGUUUUAGGGGUGAAUGAGCAGGGAAAAGGACAUCCACAAAGUCUCCACCACACCACUGCAUCGAUACUCAAUUUUGAUCUUUUUAAAAUUGACUGAAUAAGGCUGCAUAUGAAAUACAUGUUUGUGCCUGUUCUUAGUAACAACUUGUUUAUGAAAUUUAGCCUAAGAAAGAGACAGCUAGUAUGGAAUUUGCACCAAGAAAUCCCUAGGGAUCCCACAAUGUAUGUUGAAUGACUGGCCUAGAGUGACCCCACCAAAAUUUUAGGUGACAAACUAUCAUGAACUGAGAGGACUGCAGACUCUGCAAACACUUGUGAAGUUAUUAACACGGUGCAUAAUGCCAGCCCAUCAUGCUGUACCAGUUCAGCUAUGUCAGUGCUAGGAGGAGUUCCCUUGCUGCAGCGGCAUUCAGCGGUGGGCAGUUGCAAAGGUGUACGAGGGGCAUGUACCCACACAGCAUUGUUCAUUGUCUGUGAAAUUGCUCACUUAGACCCUUCAGAACAGAUUUCAGGUUGUUGCUGAGUUGCCUCAGUGAGUUAUGUGUUUAAUAACACUCAAGCGGUUUUGGCAUUGCAAACUAGCAGUGUGUAUGCUGCAGAUUAAUCAUAGUUCUUUUAAAAGCCCUCUCCCUACCACAGAGCCUGGACUGACUUCUCCAUACCAUCUACACUGCAGUAUCUUUACAGCUAGAAACCUGCAGCUCCAUCUUUGAAAAAGGUGUUUUAAUGAAUCUAGUAUUGUGUGUAAGUGAUUUUAAAGAGCUGAAAGAUUACAUUUGAUAGCUUUUUCUAACGUUUUAAACUUUUCAGAAACCCCACUUGAUCAUCACCCUGUCAGCCUUAAAUGCUGGCACAGCAGCCUAGGAGACAGUAGCUAUCUCAGAUCAAGCCGGAUGUGGUCUCCGAGAUGUGGCUCAGGAGAAGGGCUAUCCUCAUACAGGCAUUUCUAUGAAAGCACAUCACUGUAGAGAUGCUGGCUGCCAUUCGUCCAGGUUUUCCUGGACCUGAGCCUUCUGCUACCCCUAGCUCAUGCCUAGCAGGAUCAUAGGGUCUUUUAGGUACCUAAAACCACUACCUCUAUGAUUUGGUGAAA